GCUCAUUUGAACAAGAGGAACCGCUACGAAGCAGGGGAGGACAGCGGCCCAGUACGAAAACUCAACUUUCAACUAAAUAUUGAUGGAGUGGCAGCCAGAUGAGCAGGGACUUCAGCAGGUCCUCCAACUGCUCAAAGACUCACAAUCCCCCAACACAGUCACACAGAGAGCUGUCCAACAAAAACUUGAACAACUCAACCAAUUCCCCGACUUCAACAACUAUCUCAUCUUUGUACUCACGCGACUCAAAACUGAAGACGAGCCGACUCGCUCUCUGAGCGGUCUGAUACUGAAGAACAAUGUUAAGGCCCACUACCAGAACUUCCCCCCAACCGUUGCUGAAUUCAUCAAACAGGAAUGUCUCAACAACAUCGGCGACCCCUCGCCGCUCAUUCGUGCUACCAUUGGCAUCCUGAUCACUACCAUUGCCUCCAAAGGAGAGCUACAAACAUGGCCUGAGCUGCUGCCUCAGCUCUGCAACUUGCUCAACUCGGAGGACUACAACACCUGCGAGGGCUCGUUUGGAGCACUGCAGAAGAUCUGCGAGGACUCUUCGGAGCUGCUCGACAGCGACGCUCUGAACAGACCUCUCAACAUUAUGAUCCCCAAAUUCCUCCAGUUCUUCAAGCACUGCAGCCCCAAGAUUAGGUCUCAUGCCAUCGCCUGUGUGAACCAGUUCAUCAUCGGCAGAGCCCAGGCCCUAAUGGACAACAUCGACACAUUCAUAGAGAGUCUUUUUGCGCUGGCAGCAGAUGAGGACUCUGAGGUUCGAAAGAACGUGUGCCGAGCCCUCGUCAUGUUACUGGAGGUCCGCGUCGACCGCCUCAUCCCACACAUGCACAGCAUCAUCCAGACUGCAACUUCUUCAUUCCGGGCUUUGCCCCGCUGA